UUUAGUCCUUCGGUGUUAUCUUUCCACCAACCUGCAUGGCGUCUGCUCAAAACCCGUCGUCUAUGAAUACGCCCAUGGCCAUGGAGCCCACUGCUACAAUGGACCGUUUCUCAGGUUCUGGACGUACAGAUUCAACUAUCGACGACUCGCCUUUUGGAUCAACCCUGAACACGCCUGCGGACGAAGAUGUGCGAGAACCCUUCGAAGCAAUUGGGCAGAGAUUAAAAGAACUUCAAGCACAUCGCGCCGUUAACAACCUGGAGAAACAGUACGAACAAAUGGACAACCUCGGAACGUGCGAAGUACUCGCUCCGGAGGCCUCUUCGCAGCAAGACUCAGCUGACAUCGACGUGGAUUCAGAACGACAUGACUUGGCCUCAAUCUCGCCUAGUCAAGAAGAAAUCAUUCAAUCUCGAGUACAAGACGAACAUAAACCAAUAACUGAAUCACUCUCUGUGGUCAACAUGUCUCGUGUCGCAGCGGAAGAGAACUUUGACGAAUCGUUCAUCAACCGAUCCGAUAUCUCUAUGAUAUCAGACCAGCUCCUUUCUUCAUUUCCUACAGUGCCUUUCUCCUCACCCGAAAUACCAAAUGAUGAUACUAUGGCUGUUUCUCCAGCUCCGUUCUCAAACGAACUUUCCCGAUCUCUGUACAACAUUCAAACACAAUCUGUCCGAUCUUCUCCUGAAAUGACCGUAUCAAGUCCAAGUAUUCAAAACAGUAACAGCCCUGCCAAUAGUUCAAUGUUCUUUUCCCCGGAUCUGGAUCAAGGCUUCAGUGCUCACUCGCGCGCAUCCAGCCUUUACAACCUUCCUAAUGCACCUAUAACCAUAUCUCCUUCAUUAGCUAUCGCUGAAUCGGAAUGUUCAUACUAUAGUGAGAUGGAGGCCGUAGCUGCAAAUUCGGUAGCCCAGGAUAUUACAGUUCUAGACCCUGCAAAGGAGCACAAGGCGGUUAAUCAUCUCACUCUCAACUCAGAGCCCGAAUACACCUUCUCAGUUCUACAUUCGCUGGAUCUCUCUCCUGCAAAUCUUCCUGUCGUUUUUUUCAAAUUAGCUUGCUUCGUGCCUUGGUGUGCUCUUGUCGGUGGUACCAUUCUUCUCUCCCCGGUCAACAUCGAAAAAGUCACGUUUAGCCCUGGGAUCGGUGUGGGGAAAUUUCGCUUGGACUACGUAUCCCCUCCGCCCAGGAACAUUCAUCGAUUUGCCCAUUGGACAGAGUGUGCAAUUCCACAGCUCAUGACCUUCCUGGCUGCGUUCGGUAUUGGAUUGUGGUGUCUCGCUGGAACCGGGACAGGUUUGAUUUUGGCGCUGACUGUGGUGGCCGUUGUUCUCGGACAGAUGGUCAUUGCUUGGCAGGACUUUGACUUCCGUCUGGGCGGAACUGGAAGAGUUGGAGACAAAUCCCUUGGAGAGGAUGAUAGAGAAUCGAUCUGGAUGGUGUUUAGGUUGUAUGUGAUGGCGGAAGAGAGUACGACAUGGUUUACCGGGAGGCUGGAGGCAGGAAUCUUUGUGGAACGAGGGUCUCAGAUGCAUCGACAUUCGAGUUGAGUUAUGAACCUUUUGUUAUUGUGUAAGCAAUCUUCGUUUUGUACAAGUUUCUGUAAACGCCUUUGCCCUUUUAAUUCAAAGCUGCCUUCCUAAACUCGAGUUGGCAUUCAUGUUUACCUGUAGUUUACCAACUUCCUUCAAAUGUACAUCAUCAACAUCCUAGAAUUCCCUCUAUGCAGGCUUACCUAUCCUCGACGUUUCGAAAUAAUAGUCUGGUCUAUCCUAUUGCAGUAAGUGUCCUUUCCAGCGCUGAGACUCUGGCCCUGGACAUCCCGGUCCGAUUCCAGCUGCAGUAGGUUAGAAUCCAGCAUCACACGAUGGUCCGAAAUUUCCGAAGAAUGAUCGCUUUCGGAAUUCAUGUUCUGGGGUUAUGUAGUACGUCCUCAGAGUAGCUGAGCGAAACU